GUCUGCUUGCGGUUCAAAAAUUCCUACAGAAGCGCUGGGUUAACGGGAGCACACUAUGAUGUCCGCAACUAUGGGUCCUUGGAGCUCAUUGUUGAACCCCGCUGCGAAUACUACAGAUGCAGGUAACUCUCAAGAAACCUUGUUCACGGCUGCUUAUGGUUCUGGGAUCCAGCUUCCCACGCUAAAUACGUUGCCUUCAGUAGUGACGGUAGACGACUAUACACAUGCCGCGUCGAACAUCUAUAAUGAAUACAACGCGCUUUUCGAUUUAAUUCAGAAGCUAAGGUACGCUAGACUUCGUAAAACCACAUUCCAAGAUCAAUGGAACCCUUUUGAAAUACAACAUGCUGAGACAUGUAUACCAAUUCCAGUCGAUGAAAUAGAAGAUUACAACUAUGAUGAACAGACGUCGAGCUGUAGAUGCCCUAUGAAAAUGCCUCCGUGUAGCCAAUCACAAGCUCUGGAUGAUAUGGGUUACUGGACUUACAGACUACGCAGGUUGUCCCUUCAAGCAAAGUUUAAAAAGCCUUACGAGAAAUUACAGCUUGGAACAAAAUAUUUAAACAUAAUAAAUUACAAAGGUACACUUUUAAAUUCUUUUGCAAAAAACUUUUCCGUUACUGAAAGGAGAGAAGCAUGUAAUACUGUUGACGCAGUAUUAUGCCUAUCCAAAGAUCCAUCUAAAGCUAAAACGAAAUGGUCUCCGUGGAGUGGUUGUUCGGAAAAGUGCAAUACAGGUAUACAGGAAAGAUUUAGGAUUAUCCAUGACAAAGGAACCCGAUCACUGGCAACAGAGCAAAGAGAAUGCUCUUUAUCAAAAUGUUCGGACUACAAUCAGCAUAUUGGACAGUGUUCGAUAUCGAUAAUACCAACAAAUCCAAACGGUCAGACAAUCGUGCGCAAUUGUGCCUGUCCCACAAAGGGUUCAGUAAUCUGUUCAUCGGAGGAAGCUCGAUUGACAAUAUCAAACUGGCUACCAGCUUUUAGGAAAUAUUGUGAACAAACCCUUUCUGAGAGCACUAGUAAUAUUCUAUACCGGGAUAUCCCCCAAUUGAAGAUGCAAUACUUAGGACGAUUUAUACAACUGCGUUUCAAGGAUGGAUAUUACUUUGACUGCGCUGAACGUUGGGGAACAUUGGAAAAUGCGGACAAUCCGCGUUAUUGUAGAGUAGGAUCUCCUAUUUUAUGUAGGGAACAAAUACCGAAAACUAGCGGAAGGGUCUCCUUUUUGGACAUCACGGUAAGGGAUAUUCAAACAACAACUGCGAAACAUUUUUAUUAUCCUCUUUUUUUCUGCUUCUUGGGUAUGACCCUCUAUUACACACUGCGAAGGCUACUUGUGGCCCGUAAACAAACAAACAAACAGAUUUAACACG